GGCGAGGAUGGAUAUCUUUCGCGUUUGAGCGUUUUCGACGGACGAGAGGGACAUGCUCAAUCGCCUCAUAAGCCAAAACAACAUCAGCUCUGCUUCGUCACCAUACUCACCAUCAGCGAGUAUGGCCGGCGUGAAGUGGUGAGUAGGGAGGCCUCCUGAUGGCCAAGCGACACUGCCCGCGUCAAGAGGUGAGAAGAAGGGAACCAAAAACACGGAGGAUAAGACGCACGCCGCACCGCGUGAAGCUCUCGUGUGCCUGUGUUCGUUCAGAAGGAUGUAGAUGGGAUGUUAGCCGACGGUGAUGACGCUGAUGCCUCACAGCAGGGCGGACAGCAGGUGCGCGGAUGAUGCAUUAAUGCAGUCACAUGUAUACAGCUUCUCGGUCUUGUGUGUUGCUUGCUUUGUGCAACAGUCGUCUGCCUCGCUGCCCCUCUGGGUGGUGCCGCCCGAUACGCUCUCGACAAUCCUCCUGCCCCUGCUCGCCACACAGUGCGUCGUCGGCACACUCUCACUCGUCCGCAAGGCGUUCCACGCCAUCGCCGCAGACCCCUCCAACCACCACACCGUCUUCAUCCGCAGCCACAAGCCCAUCCACCUCACACACACGCAGCUCCGCGUGUGGCCUCCUCGACUCAGUCAGACCAAGCGGGCGGUGCUCAUCUGUCCGGUGACGGAGAGCGUCGCGAGUCUGAUCGAGGGCAUGCGGCGCACCCUGGCGUACCUCCAUCUGGACGAGCCGGUGUCACAACUGCAGCGAACGCAUAGGCUGCUGUCGAUGCGCCAGGUGACGUCGAUGUUAGUGUUCUCGGCGCUUGAGGAGGUGCGUGUGGGCGGCGAGUGGGUGCAGGCUGCGCGCCGCAAGAGAUGGGCACUCAGGUGAGCGAACACGCUAAGGAACGACUCACACAGCAUAGCGGUUCCCAUGGUGUGUGUGCGUCGUUUCAGAUGGCUGGUGUCGUUGAGCAUCCGCGACAGCCCUUUGAGUGGUCGGCGGGCGGACCUCGUGUGGUGGUGGCGGUCACACUCUUCACGCCUCCGGUCGUUUGAGUUCGACGAUGGCGGCCGUGGAGGAGGGCAUUCCUUGCACGAGCUGCUCGUGACAACCACCUUCGUGCGUGACCUGCGUGCGCUGAAGGUGCUGCGGCUCACCACCAGUGGGUCCUCCUUUCCUGAGGUGGACGACACGGACCUGCUGGCUGAGCACGGCCUCAGACUUGAGGAGAUCGACAUCGCCAUCGUAGGAACCGACCAUUCGGACAAGGUGGGGCGCCAACAACCGCAGAAAGGCAGCACUCUGUAUUCUUGUCUGUGUGAGUGUGUCCCACAGUUUGUCGAGACGGACCUGUUGCGCAAGUCGUGCCUGGCGCCUGGGGCGAUUGAGCGAUGGGACCGGAGCGACUUCUGCUUCGACACCCACUUCCUCUUCGGCGGCGAAACGACGUCGGCCGAGGAGCUGUCCAGACGCGCCGACAGCAUCAAGCUGCUCGCCUCUGUAGCUACCAAAGUGCAUCUGACCGCUUACCUCGGCGAUGCUGCACGAGUGCCGUACCCCGCACUCUACGCCAUCGUCCCAUCGCUCGUAUUUUCGCGGGCAGAGCAUCUGUGUCUUGACUGCGACUUUCUGCCUGAGAUGGUGCUGUCCAAUGUCGCCCACAUGUUUCCCUGCGUGAGACGGGUGGAGGCGAUGGUGGGAUAUUUUGCUGAUGAGUUGAGACAGAGAGUGCUGGGGCAGCUGCCAGCCCUCGAGGCACUCGUCGACAGUGUGUCGGAAAGAGACGAGGACGGCGAGUUUCUGAUGCGAGUCGAUCAGAUAGAAAAGGACAGGCCAAUCGUCGAGCGCAUUCACCACAUCACUGCCCACACGCAGUUGCACUACGAGCAAGGCGACACAAGCGAUUUCUUCAGAACUUGUAGAGAGCUGGCCCACUCGUGUGCGCGGGCGGUUCACUUUCUGCCCCGUUUAGAGAGGAUCGUUGUUGGCAUGAGGGUUGGAGGCGAGGGGUGGGAGGGGCAGGAAGACAUAGUGGCCACGCUGCAAGAAAAUCGGACGUUCCGUCCUGACACGGACGACUUCACUCAGGUGGCUUUUCACCGCUUGCUUCGUUUCUAUGGCUUUGAGAUGGUGGAGCUGCCCCGGCUGGCCUUCGACUGUCGUGUGGAGAUGCGCCGGCUCGGCCUGUGCAUCCCAUCACAGAAACGCAUCACUGACUACUUCUCUGCCAGACAAAGAGUGAGAUAGACAGGGGGAGGGCGGUGGUAGCUGUACAGGCGGUCGGUGGACUUGGGAACGGUUGUGUCUGCGUGUGUGUGGGGAGGUGUUUGUCGAUGUGGUCGUCUCCCUACGCUAGGCCUGGCCUGCAUACGAUGGGGGCCUAUUGCUUGGUGACGCACACAUCGCUGAACAUUUAAAUACCCAUGCGCAAGACGCCGGCGGAGUGUGUGUGAAUAUGAUAGAUAGCCUGACUGAAUGGGAUGUACGUCAGAGACACAGCUAGCUGUGAAUGCCAUGGGUGCCUGACCAGUCAAUGUGUGCGUGAACAUUCAAUUCUCACGA